AUGUCUACCCUCGUGGUAUUUGGAGGCACGAUAGUGUUGGCAACUGCGUCAGUAUAUUACCUGUCUCGACUCGCUAGUGCAAAACGUGAUGUUGAUGCCAAAGAUCCUUCAGCCUCCGAACCUGGACUACUGAGAAAACACUCCUCUCAAAAAUCUUAUACUGCCGCUGGUUUUGUAUAUUCAUCAAUCAGGACAUUCUAUCAUCCUCAUCCACAAGCCGACAAGCUCCCGACUAAGCCCACACCUCUACCACUCCUAGUCUUUGUUCAUGGUCUUGGAGGAAGUGCUGCUCAGUUUGCACCACUCUUGACUGGACUGAUCAACGCUGCGCCAUGUCUUGCUAUUGAUCUUCCCGGAUGUGGCUUGUCUGACUUUCUUCCUCAAACACGCGAAGCAUACAAAUCAGAAGCUUUGGCAGCCUUGAUCGCCGAGGCUAUCGCCCAACACAGAGAUGCUGAAAAUGAUCAGAAAGUGGUUCUGAUAGGUCACAGCAUGGGUUGUUCUCUGUCGGCACUGCUGGCAUCAUCAACAUCGCCGAUGUCCCACCUCAUCUUGGAGCACAUUGUUGGUUUCAUCGCCAUCUGCCCUCGUGCUGAGACUCUGACAGCAAGCCAAGUAUCACGUCUACAGCACAUGCGUUACAUGCCUAUUCCUCUGUUCGAGGUCUUCCGUUGGUGGGACAGACGAGGGGGUGCUGAGAGCGCCAGUGUUUCUCGUUACGCAGGCAAAGAUGCAGACUCGGAGACCAAACGACUUCAGCUACGAUUCAACGAGCAAAGUAGAUCUGAAGUCUUCAUGGCAAUGGCUCUUGGAUCAAUGCCAAAGUACCAGGAUGACAAGGCCGUAGGAGGUCUGCCUGGUGAGGCCAUUUGGUCUGGUCUUCGGAUUCCUACAUUCUGUAUCGGUGGAGAGCAAGACCAUGUAACACCACCUGAGAAUGUCGAAUUGAUUGCAAAAUGGCUUGGAAGACAGGUGCCAUCGGAGCAGACAAUCACCAAAGACAACUCUUUGCCCAGUUCUGCUGGCGAGAUGCCUAUCAUCGACAACACUCCGAUCGAAGAAAAUGGCAGAAGUUUCGUCCCUGCUGCAACCGGUCAGGACCUGGUAUCCGAGACUCGAUCCGACAGUGCGACAACAGAUCUCCCGAAGAAACCAAAAUUCGUUCUCAAGACAACAGUACUGCCGCAGCCUGCUUCACAUGCUUUACUGUACGCUACCUCGACCGUGCGCAUCAUUUCAGGCUUGAUCCAGUCCUUCGCCGCCACACAUAUCGAUCACCGUCUCUCUCUCGGCUGGCAGUUGCAACACCUAAGCACAGAGGGCAAGUGGGAUGUGAAGAAUCUCCAGAAGUGGCAAGCCAUCAACCCUGUUUCUGAGCCCAUUGCUGGUAUCUUCAGAGCACAAAAGACACUGCGCGAGAUUGAUGAAGAACAUACUCCAUCUGUGUACGUGAAGCGAUGGGGUACCAAGAGCGGUAUCAAGCGUGGUGUCCGCAUGGUCGUCGACAUCAGUCACGAGAGUCCCGUCUACGAUCCCAAGGGACUGGAAGAAGGUGGCAUAGAAUACCACAAGUUUCCUACGGUCAGCAAGCUGCCACCAACAGUGGAAGAGGUCGCAGCAUUCAUCGCUCUGAUAGAUGCAUUGAGAGAGCAGCUCAAGAAGCCAGAGGAACGGGAAGGAGCAGUGAUUGCUGUCCACUGUCACUACGGCUUCAACAGAACUGGCUUCUUCUUGGUCAGCUACAUGAUUGAGAGAAUGGGAUGGAGACUACAGGAUGCCCUACAAGAGUUUGCGGAGAAGAGAGCUCCAGGCAUUAGACAUGAGCAUUUCGUGAACGAGCUCUACGUGCGUUACAUGGUCAACAUGGAGAGAAGACCAACACUUUCGUAG